AUGUUGUUAAGUAACUGUUUGAAAAGAGGCCCUUUCACUGGUUUGCGAGGGCUAAAAAGAGCUAAACCAAUUGUCUCAUGCGCCAGGAGAUCUGCUUCAUCUGCUGUCAAGGGACAACUCUCGAAGACAAAACGCAGUAACAUUGCAUUGGUAUACGGUGCGGCAGCAGGAAUAGCUGGGAUAGCUACAUUAGCAAGCUUUGAUAAGUUAUGGAGCGAUGCGAACAUUAAAGAUAAUGCUGAAGCCACCGUUAACGUUGAUUCUUCGGUUUCUCCUUUCCCUACGAAGUUGGGCCCACCGGAACUACCUUUAUCCACAGAAUAUAUGCUAUUAGGUUACGGCUUCAGAUCAGUAACUUUUCUCUCAUUUCGGGUUUAUGCUUUGGGAAUUUACAUUGCAGAUCAGGACAGACACUUGAUUCCUGAUGUGCUUGACUCGAAAUUUAUGUCUACAGCAUUUAUAGACACAGAUUCGUCCAAAACGCAUUCAGAUAACGUAAAGGCAGCCCUGGAUGAUCCAUCUAAAUCUAGCGUAUUGAUUGGGAACGUUCUGGAUAGCGGCGCAAGAAUGCUGGCCAAAUUGACACCCGUUAGGAAUACUGAUUUCAAUCAUUUGAGAGAUGGAUUCGUUAGAACAAUUCUUAACCAUCCAGAGGCAAAGGAUAAUCAGGAGAAAUUAUCUACAGGCCUUGCAAAAUUAAAAGAAGCCUUCACUGAGAAAGGGAAGGUCGCUAAAGAUGAUGACUUGUUGGUAGAACUUCAAGCUAACGGGGGCUUGCAGUUUUCCUACUACAAUCGUAAGAAAGACCAGGUGGUGGCAAUGGGACAUGUCGAUGAACCGCUGGUGGGGAAAUACCUGUUCAGUCAGUACAUGAGUGGUCCCAAACCACUUUCUCCCAGUACCAAGGAAUCUGUAGCGACGCACAUUGCUGCCAUGGUAUAA